AUGGUUGUGAAAUGCUACCGUUGUAUUUUAGAACAAUCAAAUCUAACGUAUAAAGACGAGGGAGAAGUGGACGAAUUCAUAGAUGAAAUAGAAAAUCUGAAAGCCAGUGGCGGAGGAGACUGCCCGGAAUACACUUUCAAUGGGAUGAUUGCAGCGAUAGAAGAGGGUCCGGAAUUGGGAUCACCGUUGAUUGUUUUCACAGAUGCUCCUCCAAAAGAUGCCGAUGAAAACGAUAAUCUGAACGGCCUCAUCGCACUUGCUGGAGAGAAUGAAGUUAACAUAAACUUUUUCACGCACGAAACUUGCGAUAGUUUUCCUUUCAAAGGCUUCGAGCUUUUCAAACAGUUAUCCGCGGAAACUGGAGGUCAGUAUUUACCAAUGGAAGAAUACGAAUUGCGAAGCUUGGCGAAGUUCACGGACGCAAAAUUAGGUACUUUGGCGGCGGUAAAAACUGGUGAAUCAGUGGCGAGGACAAGGCGACGACGCAGCACAGUUGAUGAAAUCCUUAUCGCACUUGACGAUACCGUCGACCGUCUGGUUGUGUCGACAACCACCGAGAACAGCGCGACUGACGUCAGUCUUCGGGCACCUUCGGGAAUAGCAUGGGACGAGGGAAAGAAUAUCAUGACUAAUGCUGCUGUAUACAUCGUUGAUCUGCCUGCUGAUGGCGAUUGGAAACUCGAGGUCCCAGUGAGUGCUGGAGAAUAUCGUUACUCCGUGAAAGUCUCGAGCAAAGAAAAUAUCAACUUUAAACACGAUUUCAAAAAGAGCGUGAACAGAAGAAAAGUUGACCUGAAAUAUCCCUUGGCUGGUGAACAGGCGGAGGUGGAACUUAGGAUGGCUGGAGAGAAACAAAUUAAGAAAGAUUCGCUACGCGUUGACAUCGUGGAUACCUCGGGCGAGGUUCUUAUCCCCGACCUGAAACCGACACCGAACGGCGCCGAUGGCGUAUACUUCACCGUAACAUUCAAUCCACCGAAGGAGAAAUUCAAAAUGAUGUUGAAAGGGAUGACAAAGAAGAACAAAGUCUUCACCAGGGUCUCGGAGCGCCCAGAUGAAGUUAAACCGUUGGUUCUUAAAAAAUUCUAUAAUUCAAGAGGAGAUUUCAUCAGACCAGGGGGGAGUGUCUUCCUUAUGCUGUACUUGUUCAAUGGAAAGGACUCAAAUCAAGUGUUCCGAAUUUCGUUCAAAGAUACUCUCGGAUAUAGUAUUUCGCUUCUUGGUCGCAGACGAUUGACAGCGAGGGCUAGAAGCAAGAAGUAUUUGCGAGUCGCUGUUCGUUAUGGCGGAGGAAAACGUGGUAGAGAAGGUCAGAAUGAGAAUGUUAUCAUUCUGGUCAAAGGUCCUGAUGGUAGCAUUGCAACAGAAGUUGUUCCAUUGAUGGUGAAGAGUUGA